CUAAGUAGUAACAUCGUUAUGAGGUUGGUGAGUUCUAAUUGCUCCCUGGUGCCUUCACCGGCAGUGGGUGUGUUAGUAGGUUCCGCCUGCGCGGGGUAUGAACCAGGCGGAAUACCAAUCAUCACCCGUCCAUCUGCCCACCCAAGACUGGUGGGCUGGAGCAGCAUCCUUCCGAGAUUGGAGCCUUGCAUUUUCUCACGUCCCCUUCUCCCCUCCCUCACGCCUGGCCUUCCUAUCAAGAACUAGCU